ACUAGUUUAUUCGAAACAUGAACGGAAGUCGAAGGCAAAAGCUUCGUCUGUCGCUAAAACAAAAAAUUGAAAUUAUUGAGGCAGAGUCUAAAAACAUCGAUAGAAAGAAAUUAAUACGAAAAUAUAAAUGUAAUUCAUCAACUAUAUGCCGGAUUAUAAAAAAUAAAGACAUCUACCUAAAAGCUGCAAAGGAUGGAAAUUUGCUACGAACGCGACUGGAUAGUACUUCAAACCCCAAAGUAGAAAGCGCUUUAUGUGAAUGGUUUCAUCAACAGAGAAAUCUAAAAUCAUCAACAUUGAAUAAUGUAGCUUUAUUGGAAAAGGCUAAGGAAUUUGCAAUUAAAUAUGAUGCCAAUUAUGAGCCUUGUUUUCAGUGGCUUUUUAGGUUUAAGAAACGCAAUGGAAUUAGUGUUCCCACAAAGCGCAGUGUAAAAAACAGACAAUGUAGUAAUGAAAUGAAUGAAACCGCAGUUGAUACAACAGCGUUGCCGAUGGUUGAAAUUUGUAAAACAGAAUUGUUUGAAUGCAACGAAGGUAUGAUAUGUUGUGCAGACUCAACAAGCAAACAGCUCAAUAAUACUGCCGAUGAUCCCGUGGACGUUGCUCCAGUUCCCGAUGUGCCACCGAUUUCGGAGCCAGCUAUCACAAAUAAUACGCUGCAUGUGGAUGCAGCUCCUAUUGACGAUGAGCCACUAGCAACAGAGCCAAUUUACACAAAUAAUAAGUUACAGGAAAGUGUGGAAGACACAAAUGCUCCAUCCAUAAGUGAAGCUCUACAAGCACUGCUGGUUGUUAAACAGUUUUUCAUACUAAAUGAUAUGGAAAUUGGUUCGCUAUUUAGCAUUGAGGAAAAAAUAUUACGACAUUGGAAGAAAAAUAUUUAAUUAAACUUAAAACACUUUCGGUAUAACUUUUGGGCACUUGUGAAGUACAUUCAUAAAUAAAAAGUCGUACAUUAGAUAUAAA